AGAAGAAUAUUGUUAUCAAAACAAACGAAGAAGUAUUUAUUUGUUAAAAACGUGCACUAAUUUUUUACAUUGUAAAAGGAAGCUUUUUAAUUAUAACAGAAUCAAAAUGCAAUUUCAUUUAAAUUAUCUUUGUAAUUUUAACGAUAGAGUUAAACCUGAAGAUCUGCCCAGUGAAUCACUGAAACGUGUUUGGUCUGGAAAAUGGUGCACCGAGAAACUGGAACAUUCCUUAAAACAUUGGUGGAAUCAAAAGGAUGAUGCCAACCAAUUGACUGUCGAAGACAGCGAAGAGCUGCUUUGUGUAGCCCUAGAAUUGUUGUUAGCUUUCAUACAACAAAAUUUUACCGGUCCCUUUUGUGAGCUUACAGAAUUGGAAGGCUUUGUUAAAGAACUUCAGCCCCUGGUGGGCGACUUUUUUGUGGAACUUAAAGAAAAUGGUGAGGAAAUCAAUCCCAAUGUGGUAUUGGGUGAAUUUCUACUAAUAUCCAGGGCUAUUCUAAAUAAAUUGUUAAGCCUACAUAAGGAUUGUGUGGUUCUACAUUGGUGGCAUUUACGUUACAUUUGCAUACAUCAACACAUCAUAGAUGAGCUGACUUCAAAUCUGUAUGAACAACUUAAAAUAGAAGCAGAUUGGCUACUAACUCACCUUGAUCAGUUAAACAACAGGGAAUAUGAAGCAUUGCUUUAUCUGGAGAUUGCUAACUCAUAUUUGCAAUAUCAUCGUGGUGAAAAGGCCAGUGAAAUAUUGGAUAAAUUGUGUCAACAUUUAUCAGUCAAUCUGGUGGUGGAAGGCCUAUUGGGAGUGCGGACAAAAUUUCAGCAAAAGCCUCUGCCUCAACUCUGUCUAAAAGUGCAGCAAACCCAAGACCAAAAUUUACCCAAGGCCCAAGAAACCAAUGGAGAGACAAGUUUACCCAAACUUUUGUUGCAUGAAGACGAUACUCGCCUGGAACGCAUACGUUUUAUAGAAGAGAAGGAUAAUGAGGUUAUGACCUUGCCUAGCGUUCUACAGGCCUUGGUUUUAUCCAAAGUACGCCAAUUAAAACGUUGCCAGCCCAAAGAUAGAUUGGCCGACGAAGAGUUGGAGCCCUACACUCACACUUUGCUGUAUCAGCAGCAUGGCCCUUUGCAGGUGCGACAAUCCGCCUUAUUGUUGAAUUGUGUCCAGGAAUCCAAUCAUCGUCGUACUGUGGAACGUAGCUGGAAACAAUGCGAAGAGGCUGUCAAACUUCUUUGCGAACACAACUAUAGCGCCAAGGAGAGAUUUUCCUAUGCCUUUGCAGGUUUCCUACAGCCAAAAUGGCAAAUUCAAUUGCAACUAUGUGAGUUGCUAUUGUCCUUGGGCAUGGUUAAGACAGCAUUGGAUAUAUAUCUUAAGAUACAAGCCUGGGAACAAGUUAUUGAUUGUUAUACCCGUUUGGAGCUACGUCACAAAGCAGCCGAAAUCAUAGAACAGGAACUUAAAAAGACACCCACUGUACUGCUCUAUUGUCUAUUGGGUGAUGCUACUGAUAGUUUGGAUUGUUAUGAAAAAGCUUGGGAGUUCUCCAAGCACACGAGUGGCAAAGCGCAAGCUCAUUGGGGCAAUUACUAUUUCUUUCACAAACAAUACGAGGAGGCCAUAGAGCAUUUGCAAAAAUCGGUGGAGAUUAAUUCUCUGCAAGAGAAAAUCUGGCUGCGUUUGGGCUAUGCAGCCAUAAUGUUGGAGAAAUGGGAAUUGGCUGUGCACGCCUACAUAACCUAUACACAUUUGGAGCCGUUGGGCUUUGAAUCUUGGAAUAAUUUGGCCAAAGCUCUCAUAAAACUUGGAGACAAACAGCGGGCCCACAAAGUUCUGGCCGAAUCAUUGAAAUGCAAUUACAACAAUUGGAAGGUAUGGGAAAACUUUAUGGUGGUUUCCGUGGAUACAGGAAAUUUUGAAGAUGCCAUGAAUGCCUAUAAUCGCUUGUCCGAGCUAAAGACGCAUUAUUUAGAUUUGGAGGUUUUGUGUAUUACCACAACCGCCAUAGCUGAGGGCAAACCUGAUGCCAAGGGCCAAACCCAGGAAAGACUGCUCAAAAAAGCCACCAAUCUUAUGGGUCAUCAAUGCGUAAAACAUGGCUCGGAACCCAAAAUAUGGGAAUUGGCAGCACUUUUGGCUCCUACACCUCUAAAGAAGGCAGACAAGUUAGUGAAAGCUUUUCGCGCCUAUACAGCCAAGGAACUGGUGUGGGUUACCAAACAACCAUUUGCCCAAAAGGCCUUGGAAUUGUGUUUAGAGAUGUCACAAAAAUCUUUGGAAGCUAUUACAAACCACAGCGAGGAUGAAAGUGAAGUUAUGAUAACGUCCCAGUUGAAUUCAGCCCGUUUGGCGGAUCAGGCUUGCAUCAGGGCAAUUGAAAAAGAACCUACAAAAUUUCCAGAAAACCUUGAAUUGUUGGAAAAUGUGAAGACUUUAUUGGAGAAAAUGACUGCGCAUGUAAAACAAAGAAUGGGAGCGUAAUAAAUGAGUGCGAAAGAAUAAGCAAGCUAAAAAAAACAAAUUUUUGUAAAGAAUAAGAAGCAUAAAAGGUAAAAAAAAUAUUUUUGUUCUCAAGGCUCACCAAUAAAUUUUAGAGUAGAAGAGGGUCCUAUCUGAAAUUUAAGGGCAUUUAAUUUA